UAUACAGCUUGAAUGUACAGUACAAACAUUAUUAAUAAAAAUUGAGAACAGUUAUUUGCAUAAUUUUUUUCCCUUCGAAAUAACUGGAAGGAAUAAUUAUUCAAUUUUUUUUUCUUUUUUGCUAUAAAGUCUAAUGCACGUUCAUCCCUAUUUAUCUUUUUCUUCUUCUUUUUUAAUCCAUUUAAAAAAGAAAAUGUAUUGCGUGACAGAAAGAUAAUAGUCAGAAUUGACCUUCAGUAAAGUUUCUUUUAGUGGCUUCACUUUAAUUAAUUAUUUUUUUUAGUUGCUUGAUUGAGUUUUUUUUCGUGUAAGUAUGAUGUGCCACAUCUAAUAUCGAUUAUCGCUAUAGCAACGUAAGGUUAAUGUGACAGGGUGGAGGUGGAUGAUGCAUUAGAAGGUGUAGUGUUUUCGUGUCGACGGGUAAGGAAUAUGACUGGAUAUAUCAUUAAAGAAACUAUAAAAAAAAAGAUGCCGACAUCACCCAAUUGGUUUAGGAUAAAGCGUAAACCUGUUAAAACACCCAUAAUAAGACUUCACGGAGCACCUACUAUAGAACCGUCUAAGAAGAAGAAAGUAAGUUGCAACAAGUUGUUGCACAUUCCUGAAAGAACUGUAGAAUCACCUCCCAGGAAUAGGAGGAGAUCAUUAUCGUUGUCUUCAUCCGGAAGAAAAUCGCCUGUAGAUCCACGAUACUUAUCAUUAUCUGAUGUUAGAAAGGAAAGUGGAUGGAAAGAAAGGAAGAACGAAUUUGUUUUCUCGGCUUCUAAACGCCAAUCUUCUAGAAAAUUAUUGAAAACUGCCGAAGGAAUCAGAAAUUUAACAUUAGAUCCUACACCAAAGAAAAAGUUUCAGAUGAAUAAUAGUUUUAAGCAUUGCUCGGCUGAGGAUAUUAGGAACAUGAAAAUUGAGCAAAACACAAUUAUGGAUAUCCAUAAGAAGCGAAAUAUGUUUCGAGAACAAAAAACUAAUAAACAAUCUUCCAUAUUCAACCACGAUUUCGAUAACGGUAGCGUGAGUAGCGACGAAUUUUCUUUAAAAGCUUAUCCACCCAGCCUUUCGACAGAUUCCAUUGAUACAUCCCCCAUAUUUAUAACACAUUCGAUAUAAAUUUAACAGAUACAGAGAAGAAAACAGUUUAAUUAUUUUUUUU